GCCGCGCGAGCAUCGUUAAAGCUGUGUUUGAGGGAGCAUGUUAGAAAGAGGGGAGGGGGGGGUUCUCUCGGUAUUUCCGCCGUGUUUAUCCGAUGCAGGUACGGAGCUAUUGGUAUGCAGAUGGUAGACUUCAGAGGUUGCCAGGAGACCCGCUGCUGCUGCUGCAUCCGCGCCUGUCGUGCGUUACCCCCCCCCCCCCCAACCAACACCCCCCCCCCCCCCUCGUAAUUGCAGGACUUACAGCAGGCCUGCACCCAUCAAUGGCGGGGUGAUGUGUUAUUCAACCGCUUCUGUUGCUUGAAUGCACCAUUUCCAGAAAAAAAAAAAACACACACACACAGCUCCUCAAAUCAGCGCUGCAGAUCCCUCCAUUCAUGCCACAUAUACAGGCUGGAGGCUGCAGACACUCCGGCUUAACUCGAUCCCACUUGUUGGUCCUAAAGGUCAUAUCAUCGCAGGGCUCUGGGGACGUAAGAGGAGGCGUGUAUGUAAAAUAAUAAGAAGGAAGGGACUUUACAGGAAACGUAAUUACAGCUGCAAACGACGCUACACACGCGGUUGUUGUUCGGAUUGAAGCCAAUUAGCAGCAGCUGCAGAAGAGGCCUGACAAUCAGCAUGGUGAAGUGUGAAAUUUGAGGAGAGUGAAAUGAUUCCAAAGUCAGGAAAAUCUCCAGCAGACUCACGGAAAAGUGUCGGCAUCCAUGAGUUUGCAGCUCUCGCCAGAUCCUCCUUAAACGGUAUCUCGCAGGCAGUGAGGGACCAUGUGACAAAGCCCACCUCCCUGGCUCAGGGCCGGGUCGCCCACCUCAUAGAGUGGAAAGGUUGGCCCAAACCUGCAGACCCUCCUCCGGCCGCCCACUCCCACUUCACCUCCUACUGCCACCUGAGCGAAGGAGAGAAAGAGGCGCGGUUCGCUGCAGGAGUGGCUGAGCAGUUUGCCAUUGCUGAGGCUAAGCUGCGCGCCUGGGCAUCUAUGGACGACGAUGAGGAGGAAGACUCCAACGAUGAAGACUCCCCCAAUAACGGACACACUCAUGCCUUCUCCAGCCGGAGCUCAGACGCCGCCACGUCCAAUCCUAUCACGGGAGCGCCACGCCAGCCUGAGGGCGACGGCAGCGAGGCGCCACCCUCCGACAUUCCCCUGUGCUCCAACAGCAGCGGCAGCGGCGCCAGUGGUGGCAGUGGUGGCAGCCUGCUCUGUGGUAGGCCCACAUCUCACAAUGUCCCACAUUCAUCCCAGACCAAUUCACCUACUUUACCCAGCGACUGCAUGAGUCCGUUCCUGGAGGAAGAGGAGGCAGAAGAGGAGGAGGAGGAGGAGGAAAGGCUGGGUGGUCAUGAGGAGCAGCUGGCUCCUUUGCGGGAGCACGUCUGCAUCCACCACAAGCCCGAGUGGAGGCCCCGGGCCAGGAGCAGCAGGUUCGACUCCUGCUACUCCACCUCUCACUCCGAGUCUCCCGGAGAGGAGGACGAGGAGGACGAGGAAGAGGAGGAAGGCAGCGUGUUUCACGAUGUUCGGGUGUGGCACUGCAGCCAGAGGAGCUUCUUCUCCGACCGAGCCUCCUCUGGAGUGGCCUCGUUUGACGAGGAGGAGGAGGAGAGGGAUGAAGAAGAGGAGAAGAAGGAGGAGAAAGAGUAUUUGAUGUGAUGUGUCGUCCAUCUUUAUGUCUCUUUGAGUCCAUGUUGAUUCUGGAUAUGACAUAAUCUGUUCUGCUUUCACUGUGAACCUCUCUUCACCUCCUCCUCCUCCCUCUGAUCAUCGCUCCUCCACUCGCAGCCUUCUGUCUCUCAUCCUCCAGGCCUUUCAUGUACUGAUCUCGUUCCACCAUUCAUCGCUGCUGUAAACAGUAUACAUAGAUAUGUAUAUAUAUAUACACAUUUAUAUAUGUACAUAUCUAGUUAUACAUUGGAGAGAACCAGAAUGUAAAGCUGUUGUUCAAACUGAGUUUUGUACAUUUUUUUGUGAAGAGUCAUGUGUUGCUAUUGCAUUGGUUUUCUAUGGAUAUUUUGCAGUGUUGUUUUAUUCUGGGUCAUGCUGUGUCACGUGGGUCGGGCUAUGUUUGAUACUGAAUGUCUGAAUGUUCUGCAUAUAUAAAUAUGAUUUUUUUUU